AUGUCAUUCACUCAAAGAUCUCUCUUUCAUGCCAAUCAUUCAAAAAGGUGGCAUAUUAAUAUUUCAAAUACACUCAAAAAUAAGAUGUCUGUAUUCAAAAAGAAAGAUAAGUCAGAUGACAAGAAAAAGAAAUCCUCUGAUGAAGGUAAUGUCCAUCUAUAA